GUGCGUGAGACUUCGAUUAACGUUUAAUAUGAGUAGGUAACAGCGACGACACCACCAUGUAUACUCUGUGCGAGGAAUAGUUGGGGGAAGAUCCAGUGCUAUGCGUAGUGCCGCAGGAGUGACGUGAGUUAAAAGCCUAGCUCCCAGUCGGACGUGAUCGCCCUGUGUCUGGAGCAACUGACAAGGUCAGUGGUAGCAGUGGGUGGAAGCCUCCAAGGCAUAACCGCCAUAACUCUAGAACAUCUUACAAUGUACAUCCGACACACUCACACUCUCAGCAUCCAUACUUAUAAGUCCUUGGUCUCCUAGACUUCUCUAGUGUCCAUGGUAUCAGGGACUCACAAUUCUGAGUUCCCAGCUCGAAGCCUCAUCAUUUCCACUCACCGUGACAUGCUGAGCUAGGUCAAGCUGUUGUCUAUCAAGCCAUUCAAGGCUUAGCAGGAGGUGCGUGUGCGUGGUCACUGGUCGUAUUAUGGUUCACGAUGGUCUUGUUUGCAGUGUAGUGGACGACUGACUCUGUUCUCUUCCCCUGGCCCUUGAGCUGAGUUGAGGGCUGAUUAACUGGUGGAGACUGUUACAUGAUGUUCCCAAAAUCCUGGGUGAUGUGUGCCCUUCAAACUCCGCAAUUGAAAUCUGUUGAGCGCGGUAUGAAGGUGAGGACACUACGAGUGCGCACCCCGUAUCAAAUGCGUCUAUCGUCUGGUGCUCUGCCAGGCAAGUCGGGGCAGGCUGGUCUCACAGACUCACCAGGGUUCUUUCUCAGCGUUGUACUGUGGAUAUGGGGAAUGCAUUACUGCACUGCUUAGCCUCCAUAAAAGAAUUGCCAUUAUGUUUUCAUCGCGUGACCAUUGUACAGCACCCUUUUGACGCUACAACCGCAGCCUCGUCAUUGUUUUCCCCUGGGCUCCGCUCGCGUUCGGCGGGCGUUGUUCAUUCCUAGAUCCUGCAGACUGCAGUAGUUAGCGCUAGAGUAGGCUUCACUCUAACCCGUACCCCUGUACCUAAAUGUAGCUAGCAGGACUUACACGGGAGAUGACGGGGCGAGAAAUGACAUCGGUUGAAACUGGCGCGAUCGAAGGUCGACGGUGGUGUUAAGCUGGCAAUCCUGAUUCUGCUGCGGAUGCGAUGCCUACUCUAGUCCUUCCUGAUAUGGUGGCUGUUGACUAAAACUCCUGCUGAGCCUCACGGCAGAUCUCUCACGCAACGUCAGCUCAGGGUUGAAGCUGGGUAGAAAGAGAAGAACUUGAUGUACAUCACCGUCAGUCUGAUAUUCCUGGUCGACAGCAUUGAGGCACUGAAUUAUUACUACACUCCAAAUCCUAAUUCUUUGGGGGUGGUUAAAUUCUUUGAAUACUGUUUCUACCUCUCUGGACUCUGCGUGACCUACGCAAUGAGUAUGGUGAAAAGUAAUCGGAUGCUUCUGGCAGUGGCGGCGUUCGUGCUUGCCUUGAUCAGUGACAGGUACCAGGUAGGUCAAUGUCAAACAGCACAUCACUAUCGACAACUGGCUGUGGAGGUUAGGCCCUCUGUAGAGCAGUGGGACAUUGGUGAGGGUGAGAGUAGCACCACUGGCAAUGCAACAACCACUGACAGCACUAGUAGCAGUGUACCGUCCGCGGUCGGCGGUCAUGACCCUGCCGAGGAAACCGAUGGUAUCGAACCCGACGGGCGAGCCGCGUGCAGCUUUCUACCCGGGCUGACAGAGCGCCAACGACUGUGGUGCAGGGACAACUACGUGUUUCUGGAGCCCAUCGCCAGUGGCGCACAGAUUGCACUGGCCCAGUGUCGAAAGCAGUUCGCAGACCGGCGCUGGAACUGCCCCACGGACAACCCGGCCGUCUUCAGUAAAAUCUACGACAAAGGGAGCCAAGAGACGGCGUUUGUGCACUCCAUUCAAUCAGCCGGUGCCACACUGGCCAUUGCACGGACAUGCAGCCGAGGUCACGCGCCCCGUUGGUGUGGCUGUGAUACGACUUGGACGAGGAAUGAAGCUGUCAACUGGACGUGGGGAUCUUGCAGUGACAACUAUGUCAAAGGAUAUGAGCUUAGCAAACAGUUCCUAGAUGCCGGCGAGACGGACACAUCCACACCGAAAUCAAAAAGCACGCUCUGGAACAAUGAAGCAGGAAGAUUGGCCGUGCGGCGAUUGAUGCGUCUGCAGUGCAAGUGUCAUGGCCUCACCGGGACCUGUGCGCAUCAGACCUGCUGGUACAGUCUGCCUCUGGUGCGAGUCGUCGGCAACCUUCUGAUGGCCAAGUACGAGAGUUCCACUGCCGUCAAGAUGAGCUCGUCAGGCUCACCUCGCCUGGUCGUGAAGCGGACCACAGCGACAGCACUGCCUUUGACCACCGAGGACUUGGUGUACCUGCGGCGCAGUCCUGAUUACUGCUUGUCGGAUCCAGCUGCCGGCUCGCUUGGAACGUUUGGCCGAACAUGCAAAGGGAAGAAGUCCGGCUAUGGUGGCUGUGAUCAUUUGUGUUGUAACCGGGGGUUCAAUGUGCAGCGCUAUGCUGAGAAGGAGAAAUGCAAGUGCAAGUUUGUCUGGUGCUGUCACGUACGCUGCAGGACGUGUUUGGAGAACAAAGAACGCCACACAUGCAACUGAUUAUGCGCUGCUGAUGUGUGCGUGCGUGUGUGUCUGUGUGCAUGUGGACGUGUGUGCAUGUGUGUGUGUGUGUGACCGGGAAGCGUGUAAGUGGCGAUGUGCCUGUGUACAUGACUGAGUUGACGCCUAGCCUCGGAGCAGUAUAUGUAUUGGACAGAAUCAGCAUAUGAUAAUUCCACUAGCACUUGUGCAAAUAUCCCUUGAGAUAUAUCGUUUCUAAACGUUUCUAAAUUAAGUGGUUGCAUGCACAUAAUCAGUACGGUAGAGGGCAAUACUGGGUUAGGCCACCUUUUAAAGCCACUUACUGACUAGUCACAGAGUAAUCUUGUAAAGCUUGAUUAUAUAUAAAUAUAUUGCAUUUGCUCUGCCCUUGUUGUUCAUUCAAUGCGGCAUCAAGUGCUCUGAUCUUUCAAUGAUUAAAUAUUUAAUUUUUAAACUUCCAUAUUUUCUCAUUGUGCAGUUUUGAUUCGUCUCACUUUAAUAUCCUUGUGUUCAUGUGACACAAGUUUCCUUGCAAAAGAAAAAAACAACACAAUUUCAAGUAUGUGCCAUC